AUGCAGACUGCUUCUGCAAACAUUUGUGAAAGAAUGGGUCACUCUCAGGAGAUCAGUGAAUUGAACCGUGGUACCGUGAUAGGUUGCCACCUGUGCAAUAAGUCCAUCUGUGAAAUUCCCUUGUUACUAAAUAUUCCAGUUAACUGUUAGUGGUAUUAUAACAAAGUGGAAGCAACUGGGAACAACAGCAACUCAGCCACGAAGUGAGUGGGGUCAGCGCAUGCUGAAGCGCACAGAAGUCGCUAACUGUCUGCAGAGUCAAUAGCUAAAGACCUCCAAACUUUGUGUGGCCUUCAGAUUAGUACAACAGUGCAAAGAGAGCUUCAUGGAAUGGGUUUUCAUGCCU